AUGGACAAUGCGUCCUUCCACCAUACUGAGCGGAUUGGGCAACUGUGUGCAGCUGCGGGAGUAAAACUGGUUUAUCUGCCACCUUACUUGCCUGACCUGAACCCUAUUGAAGAGUUCUUCGCCGAACUCAAGGGAUUCAUCAGACGGAACUGGAGCUACUUCGAAGACGAUCCUGAUCGAGAAUUUAACUCUUUUCUCCAAUGGUGCAUUGAUAUGCGCUAG